AUGAAUGGAUUGGCACAGCAGUCAUUCCAUAUAAAGCAGGAAAAUCGGAGACUGUUGAACUUAGCCAAAAUUCGGGGAGCUUUUCAGCAGGGAAAAACGCUGUUUGAAAGGACUAGGGACUGCGUGUAUAAGAUUAACUGUAACGAUUGUGCUAAGGUUUACGUAAGACAAACUGCCAGGGAAUUACACACCAGAAUUGGUGAGCAUAAAAGAAGGAUAAACAAACCACCAAGGAAUGCACGAGAAUACCAAACACUGGGCAAAGACUCAGCGAUGGCGCGGCUGAUAGCCGAGGCGGUGGAAAUUACUAAGCAUCACAGCGUGAACAGAAUCGUCGGUGUGGAGCUGGCGAGCGUAUGGAAAGCGGUCUUAGAUAAGCCGAUUUUAGAAUCCGAACCUCCUUUGGACGUCCAAGUUAUACCGAAUCAUGAAGAGUCCUACAUUACUGUGACGUGGAGAAAUAGUGCAACAUGUCAAAGUACCAAGUACGAUGUACUGAUUUACAGUUCGUUCGGUUUUUUGGUGGAAGAAUCACACCAUGAACGAUCUCCCGUCAGAGUGACGAAUGUUCGGAAAUGUGUGCCAGUGCUCAUAUCGGUAAGAAAAUCCGGACCGUGGGGGGUAGGCCAGGAGUCGGGAAAGAAGGAAGUUCGGCUAUUAGAAAAACCCACUCAACCAAGAAAUCUCGUGGUGCAAUUGCAAACGGAUCCACCAGGGGUGAGAAUUUCAUGGAAGAACAACGGUGCAUGCGCUUUUCCUGAAUAUGUGGUAAACGUUUACUCGGACGCCGGGACUUCCAUACAGUCGAUGGUGACAAAUGAGACCUACUUAAAAUUAUCAAGCCUACCCAUGUGCGGCAACUUGAUUGCUGGCUUAGUGGCCCGCAACUCCGUUGGACAGAGUCCGGAAACGAAAAGUUCACCUUUUAGUAUACCAGCAGUUCCUCGUCCUCCAACAAACAUUCAGCUGAGAUCGAGCGCUAAUUACCCCAAUCCAGCAAUUUUGUGGGACUAUGAAGGUGCUUGUGCCGCAACGCAUUUUGUCGUGGACAUAUAUAAUUCUGAUGACCAGCUAAUCAAGUCGUUCAACGUGACCGCUUCACCUGCGGAGCUGCUUGAUCUCCCGACGUGUGCACUGCUGACUGCUGGUGUGUCUGCACACAACACAGCCGGUUCCAGUUCAAUGACGAAAGGCUCAGAAUUCACUAUAGCGACAGGUAAUGCUCCACAAGUUCCGACUUUAACUGUGUCCGUUUUGUUGUCAUCCGGUUCAAUUUGGGUUCAAGCAGAACAUAAGGUUGACGGAAACUCAGGGACUGCGCCUACCUGA